AUGAAGGGCAGGAAGAAUAAGGCUAGAGCCUCCAGGAAGAACGUCAGGAAGGACAAGACUGGAGCCUCCAGGAAGCAGAAGAGCCGAAAAAACAAUGCUAGAGCCUCCUGGAAGCGGAAAAGAGGCAGGAAUAGCAAGGCUGGUGCCUCCAAGAAGAGGAGCUCGGCUGGAAGCUCCAGGAAGAAGAGCUUGGCUGGAAGCUCCAGGAAGAAGAGCUCAGCUGGAAGCUCCAGGAUACUAACGAAUGGCAGGAAAAUCAAGGCUGGAGCUUCUAGUAAGAAUAAGAAGUUCAGGAAGGGCAAGAUUGGAGCCUCCAGUAAGAAUAAAAAUGCCAGGAAGGGCAAGGCUGGAGCCUCCAGUAAGAAUAAAAAUGCCAGGAAGGGCAAGGCUGGAGCCUCCAGUAAGAAUAAUAAGGCCAGGAAGGGCAAGGCUGGAACUUCCAGGAGGCAGAAGUCCAGGAAGGACACAAUGCAAGCCCUUACAAAGCAGAAAAAAGGCAGGAAAAACCAGGCUGCAACUUCCAAGAAGAGGAGUAAGAUUGGAGUCUCCAGGAAGAAUAAGAAGGGAAAGGCUGGAACCUCCAAGAAGAAUAAGAAGGGUAAGGCUGGAACCUCCAAGAAGAAUAAGAAGGGCAAGGCUGGAGCCUCCAGGAAAAAUAAGAAGGGUAAGGCUGGAACCUCCAAUAAGAAUAAGAAGGGCAAGGCUGGAACCUCUAAGAAGAAUAAGAAGGGCAAGGCUGGAGCCUCUAGGAAGAAUAAGAAGGGUAAGGCUGGAGCCUCCAGGAAAAAUAAGAAGGGUAAGGCUGGAACCUCCAAUAAGAAUAAGAAGGGCAAGGCUGGAACCUCUAAGAAGAAUAAGAAGGGCAAGGCUGGAGCCUCCAGGAAAAAUAAGAAGGGUAAGGCUGGAACCUCCAAGAAGAAUAAGAAGGGUAAGGCUGGAACCUCCAAGAAGAAUAAGAAGGGCAAGGCUGGAGCCUCCAGGAAAAAUAAGAAGGGUAAGGCUGGAGCCUCCAGGAAGAAUAAGAAGGGUAAGGCUGGAGCCUCCAGGAAAGGAAGGGCAAGGCUGGAGCCUCCAGGAAAAAUAAGAAGGGAAGAACAAGAAGGGCAAGGCUCCAGGAAGAAUAAGAAGAAUAAGAAGGGUAAGGCUGGAGCCUCCAGGAAGAAUAAGAAGGGCAAGGCUGGAGCCUCCAGGAAGAAUAAGAAGGGCAAGGCUGGAGCCUCCAGGAAGAAUAAGAAGGGCAAGGCUGGAGCCUACAGGAAGAAUAAGAAGGGCAAGGCUGGAGCCUCCAGGAAGAAUAAGAAAGCCAGGAAGGGCAAGGCCUCCUGGAAAGGUUGGUCAGGCGAUCCCCUGUGUGAGGAGACCAUGGAAGCUUGUAAGAGGUACGGCGGCUGGUGCGUCAGUCCGGACAAGGAGUGUCCAUCGCUAUACGAAACUUACUCCAGCAACACCUGCAAGACUUGUAAAUGUUGUAAACAAGAGUGCAAGGCAAAGAAGAAGUGCAAGAAGCGUGGCGGGUCCUGCAAGAAGCAGUGUUCGCCCGGCGAGAAGAAGGUGAAGAAAGGCUGCCGAGGACGGAAGUGCAAGUGUUGUGUUCCAGGGUGUAAGAUAAAGAAGAAGUGCGAGAAGCGUGGCGGGUCCUGCAAGAAGCAGUGUUCGCCUGGCGAGAAGGUGGUGAAGAAGGGCUGUCGAGGACGGAAGUGCAAGUGUUGCGUCCCAGAGUGUAAGAUAAAGAAGAAGUGCAAGAAGCGUGGCGGGUCCUGCAAGAAGCAGUGUUCGCCUGGCGAGAAGGAGGUGAAGAAGGGCUGUCGAGGACGGAAGUGCAAGUGUUGCGUGGAUCGUGGUGUACAACAUCGACUCAACAACGACAUCGACAACAUCGACAAGUAUGACAUCGACUUCAACAACGACAAGUACGACAUCGACAAGUACAACAAUGACAAGUACGACAUCAACUUCAACAACGACUAG